AUGAAGCUUUUCCACGUCUUCCCAGUUCUCGCCCUCGUCGUCGCGACAACCAGCGCAUCGUUCCGAGCGGGCCACGGGUCGCUUUCGGCGGUCGCAGAAGAGACCAAGUCCCUCACCGAGCUCUACGAAGAAGCGCGCAAGGAAGGCGGCAAUCUCGUGGUCUACCACGGCGGCGACCACGCCACGCAGCAGGACUUCGUCGCUGAUGCCUUCCGGGCUACGUUCCCGGAUCUCAACUUGACCAUGAUCGUCGACUACAGCAAGUACCACAACGUUCGUAUCGACAACCAGAUCGAGACCCAGACGCUCGUCGCGGACGUCGUCGCGCUCCAGACGCUCAACGACUACCCUCGCUGGAAGAAGCAAGAGAAGCUCCUCCAGUACAAGCCCAACGGUUUUAGCAACAUCUACGACGGCUUCACCGACCCGGAUGGCACGUGGCUCUCGCACGCCUGA